AUGGAGAGACACGAGUCUCUCACUUACGCCUUCAGGCGUUUUGGUGAGGCUGGGGAGUGCCAGGUGCCUCUGCUGGAGAAUAACUCCUCCCACUCCCGCUUGGAGCCCCGCCCCCAUGAUGACUCAUACCUACUCAGACACCAAUCCCCCUCCUCCGGAGACUCUCUACUUGUAAACUGGAACUCAGACACCCCAACCCUCAGGAGACUCUCUACGUGUAAACUAGAACUCAGACACCCCAACCCUCUGGAGACUGUCUCCUUCACUGCAGCCGAGACCCUUUCCCACCACCACCACCACUCCUCAGCCAACAGCCUGAACAGGAACACCCUAAGAGGGGGUAGGAACACCAUCCACGCCCCCCCUCCGGUACCAGGGGAUGGGCCCACCUCACCAGAGUCUGUACAGCUACAGGACAGCUGGACAGAUGACCUGGUGCUGCUGUGUCCCACUAAGGAAGGUCUGCUGUACGCAGAUGACCUGGUGCUGCUGUGUCCCACUAAGGAAGUUCUGCUGUACGCAGAUGACCUGGUGCUGCCGUUUCCCACUAAGGAGGAGUUAGAGCAGCAUCUAGAUCAUCUUCACAGGCACUUCCUGUUUAAGACAUCGUCAGGGACAACCCCUCUCUUUAGUAGCUCCUCCCCUGGUUACCCUCUGACCUCUGGGACAGUCUACUCUCCGCCCCCUCGCCUAUUACCCAGAAACACCUUCUCCCGCUCUGCCUUCAAGCUCAACAAGCCGUCCAAGUACUGCAGCUGGAAAUGUGCUGCCGUGUCGGCCAUUACUACAGCCAGUCUGCUGGCUAUACUACUGUCUGUCUAUAUAGCUCCUUGGCCAGGUCCUAACAGCAGUAUAGACAGUGGGGAUGUGGAGGUGGGGAGGAGGGUGAGUCAAGAGAUUCCUCCAGGGGUGUUCUGGAGGUCUCUGCUUCACCUGGCCCAGCCACAGUUCCUCAAGUUCAACAUCUCCCUGGGGAAAGAUGCUUUGUUUGGGGUCUACAUCCGCAAGGGCCUGCCCCCCUCACACGCACAAUAUGACUACAUGGAGCGCUUGGACGGGAAAGAGAAGUGGAGUGUUGUGGAGUCUCCUCGAGAACGCCGCAGCAUCCAGACUGUGGUUCUAAACGAAGCAGUGUUUGUUCAGUACCUGGACCCGGGAGCAUGGCAUCUAGCCUUCUACAAUGACGGACGAGAGAGAGAGACCGUCUCCUUCAACACUGCUGUAAUGGACUCGGUACAGGAGUGUCCCCGUAAUUGUCAUGGCAACGGAGAGUGUGUGUCUGGUGUGUGUCACUGCUUUCCUGGGUUCCAUGGCAUGGACUGCUCCAAAGAGGCGUGUCCAGUUCUCUGUAGUGGUAAUGGUCAGUAUGAUAAGGGAUCCUGUAUCUGCUACAGUGGAUGGAAAGGAGCAGAGUGUGCCGUCCCCACCACACACUGCAUUGACCCUCUCUGUAGUGGACAUGGGACUUGUACUGGCGGGAACUGUGUCUGCUCCCUGGGAUACAAGGGAGACAGCUGUGCCAAAGUGGACUGCCUGGACCCGACCUGUUCAAAUAAUGGUAUCUGUGUGAACGGGGAGUGCCACUGUAAACCCGGCUGGGGCGGCCCACACUGUGAGCUGCAGCGGACACAAUGCCCAGACCAAUGCCAUGGCCACGGUGCAUUCAUACCAGACACUGGUCUCUGUAGCUGUGAUCCUAACUGGAUGGGACCAGACUGCUCUGUAGAGGUGUGUUCUGUGGACUGCGGGACCCACGGUGUGUGUUUGGGCGCAGCGUGUCAGUGUGAGGAGGGCUGGACGGGUACCGGGUGUGACCAGCGAGUGUGUAACCCACUGUGUAUCAAACAUGGAACCUGCAAAGACGGCAAGUGCCAGUGUCAUCAGGGCUGGAAUGGAGAACACUGCACCAUCGACAUGUGGGACUUGGUUGACAAAGAUAGCUGUCCUAACCUGUGUAAUGGUAAUGGCCAGUGUACCAUGAGGGAGCAGAGCUGGCACUGUGAAUGCCAGACGGGCUGGAGGGGUGGCGGAUGCAGCGUUGCCAUGGAGACCUCCUGCACCGACAACACAGACAAUGAAGGAGAUGGUCUGACAGACUGUAUGGAUCCAGAUUGUUGUAUCCAGAGCCCGUGUCAGAACAGCCCUCUGUGUCGGGGAUCCAGAGACCCCCUCCAGGUGAUCCAGCAGAGCCCCCUGUCUCUGUCCCAACCCUGGGUAGGAUCCUUCUAUGACAGGGUCAAGAUGCUAGUUGGACGAGACAGCACACAUCUCAUACCUGGGGAAAACCCAUUCAACGCCAGCUUGGCGUCUCUGAUCCGAGGUCAGGUGUUAACUACAGAUGGUACUCCCCUGGUGGGAGUCAAUGUUUCCUUCAUCAAUUACCCACACUAUGGAUACACACUCACACGCCAGGAUGGAACGUUUGACCUGCUAGCAAAUGGCGGUGGCUCGUUGACCCUGAGGUUUGAGCGUGCUCCGUUCAUCACGCAAGAUCGCACGGUGUGGUUACCAUGGGGUCGUUUUUACGCAAUGGAUACUCUGGCGAUGAAGACUGAGGAGAACACCAUCCCAGGAUGUGACCUCAGUGGCUUCCCCCGACCUGACCCUGUGGUCAUCGCCUCACCCCUGUCAUCGCUGUUCUCCUCUAGACCCAGGGACAAGCCCAUCAUACCUGAGACACAGGUGCUCCAUGAGAUGAUAGAUGUUCCAGGGACCAGUCUGAAGCUGUGCUACCUGAGCUCCAGGACGUCAGGCUACCACAGCCUGCUGAAGGUGACCAUGACCCCAGCCAUGGUUUCUCUGGGCCUGCUCAAAGUCCACCUGAUGGUGGCUGUGGAGGGACAUCUCUUCCAGAAGUGGUUUCACGCCUCGCCCAACCUGGCCUACACCUACAUUUGGGAUAAAACAGAUGCCUAUGGACAGAGAGUCUACGGGCUGUCGGAAGCUGUCGUGUCGGUGGGGUAUGAGUAUGAGUCAUGUGCCAGUCUGAUCCAAUGGGAGAAGAGGACAGCAGUACUUCAGGGCUUUGAACUGGACCCUUCUAAUUUGGGAGGCUGGUCUCUGGAUAAACACCAUAUCCUCAACACACGCAGCAGUAUUCUCCAUAAGGGUAGUGGUGAGAACGUGUUUGUGUCACAGCAGCCCCCUGUGAUCAGCAGUGUAAUGGGGAACGGCCGUCGACGCUCUAUCUCCUGCCCCAGCUGUAACGGCCUCGCCGACAGCAACAAGCUACUGGCCCCCGUAGCCCUGGCAACAGGCAUCGACGGGAGCCUCUACGUGGGAGACCUGAACUUCAUACGCAGGGUCUACCCCUCGCUCAAUACCACGGGCAUACUGGAACUGAGGAACAAAGAUUUCAGACACAGUAACAACCCCACUCAUAAGUACUUCCUGGCCAUUGACCCGGUAACGGGGGCGUUGUUGAUCUCGGAUACCAAUUCGCGGCAUAUCUACCGUGUGCGCUUGCUGACGGGCGGGCGGCUGCUGUCGGACAGCUCAGAGGUGGUUGCUGGGACGGGAGAGCAGUGUCUGCCCUUCGACGAGCGCUGUGGGGAUGGAGGCAAAGCUACUGAGGCAACACUGAUGAGCCCCAAAGGUAUUGCUGUGGAUCAGAAUGGUCUGGUGUAUUUUGUGGACGCCACUAUGAUCCGUAAAGUUGACCAAAACGGGAUCAUCUCCACUCUACUGGGCGCUAAUGACCUGACCGCAAUACGACCACUCAGCUGUGACGCUAGCAUGGACGUCAGCCAGGUGCGUCUGGAGUGGCCCACAGACCUGGCAGUAAACCCCAUGGAUAACUCUCUGUACGUCCUGGAGAACAACGUCAUCCUGCGCAUCACUGAGAACCACCAAGUGAGCAUCAUAGCAGGGCGGCCCAUGCAUUGUCAGGUUCCAGGUAUAGACUAUAGCCUGAGUAAGCUUGCCAUCCAUGCUGCGUUGGAGAGCGCGACAGCCAUCGCCCUGUCUCACACCGGAGUUCUCUACAUCGCUGAGACGGACGAGAAGAAAAUCAACCGCGUCAGACAGGUGUCCACUAAUGGUGAGAUCUCUCUGCUAGCCGGCACCUCUUCGGACUGUGACUGCAAGAAUGACGUUAACUGCAACUGUUUCCAUGGCGAUGACGGCUACGCACCCGACGCCGGCCUCAACUGCCCCGCCUCGCUCGCCGUCUCACCCGACGGAACGCUCUUCAUCGCCGAUCUUAACAACAUACGCAUCAGAGCUGUGCGAGCCAAUCGGCCCGGGCCAUCCGCCUCAGGAUCAGGAUCGAUGAUGGGACAAUACGAAGUCGCGUCUCCACGGGAACAGGAGCUCUAUGUGUUCAACGGUGACGGUCAACAUCUACAGACCGUGAGUCUGGUCACGGGAGAACCGCUAUAUAACUUCACCUACGGGCCGGACAGAGAGCUAGCCACGGUGGUGGACAACUGCAACAACACUCUCAGGGUGAGAAGAGAGGGUCUGGGCCAGGGGGGGAGUUCUGGCCUCCUCAGACUGGUGUUACUGCCGGAGAACCAGGUGGUGACCCUGGGUUUGGACCCUGCUGGGGGGCUGAAGAGUGUCUCAGCCCAGGGACAGGAGGUGGCCCUACUGGGGUACUCUGGGAGUACAGGACUACUGGCCACCAAGGCUGACGAGACCGGAUGGACCACCUUCUACCAGUAUGACAGUGGGGGUCGUCUGACCAAUGUAACCUAUCCUACUGGCAUGGUGACCAGUCUGCACCGGGAGAUAGAACGUUCCAUCAACAUUGACAUAGAGAGCUCCAGCAGAGACGAUGACAUCACCGUUAUCACCAACCUGUCCUCUGUAGAGGCCUCAUACACCGUGGUGCAAGACCAGGUGAGGAACAGCUACCAGCUGUGUAACAACGGCACCCUGCGGGUGAUGUAUGCCAAUGGGAUGGGCAUCAGCUUCCACACUGAGCCCCACAUCCUGGCCGGAUCGGUCAGUCCUACGAUUGGCCGUAGGAACAUCACACUACCGACAGACAACGGACUCAACUCCAUUGAGUGGCGGCUCCGCAAGGAACAGACCAAAGGGAAGGUCACUGUGUUUGGCAGGAAGCUGAGGGCACAUGGUCGUAACCUCCUCUCCAUCGACUUCGACCGCAACACUCGGACAGAGAAGAUCUACGACGACCACCGCAAGUUCACGCUCCGCAUCAUGUACGACACGCAGGGCCGUCCCGCCAUGUGGUUGCCUAGCAGCAGCCUAGCGGUGGUGAAUGUGUCAUACUCAACCACGGGUCAGCUGGUGGGGCUGCAGAGGGGCAGUAUGAGCGAGAGGACAGAGUUUGACCCUCAGGGACGUAUUCUGUCACGGUCAUUCAUAGAUGGCAAGGUGUGGAGCUAUAGUUAUCUGGAUAAGUCCAUGGUCCUUCUCCUGCAGAGCCAGAGACAGUACAUAUUUGACUUUGACGCCUCGGGGCGAGUCACGGCCGUCACCAUGCCUAGUGUAGCUCGCCACACCAUGUCCACCCACGUCUCUAUCGGUUACAUCCGCAACACCUACAACCCUCCGGAGAGCAACGCCUCCAUCAUCCACGACUUCAGCGAAGACGGCCGCCCCCAGGCCACCCACUACCUCGGCACCGGCCGACGUGUCCUUUACAAGUACGGAAAGCUGGUCAAGCUAGCUGAGAUCCUCUACGACAGCACCGUGGUGACGUUCGGUUACGACGAGACAGCUGGGGUGCUGAAGAUGGUGAACUUACAGAGCGGUGGGUUCUCCUGUACGAUACGUUACCGUAAGAUGGGUCCGUUGAUUGACAAGCAGAUCUACCGGUUCAGUGAGGAGGGGAUGGUGAAUGCUAGGUUUGACUACACUUACCAUGACAACAGCUUCCGUAUCGCUAGUAUGAAGCCAGUCAUCAGUGAGACUCCUCUGCCUGUGGACCUCUACCGCUAUGACGAGAUCUCUGGAAAGGUUGAACACUUUGGGAAGUUUGGUGUGAUCUACUAUGACAUCAACCAGAUCAUAACCACGGCUGUGAUGACCCUCAGCAAGCACUUCGACACUCACGGGCGCAUCAAGGAGGUGCAGUACGAGAUCUUCAGGUCCCUGAUGUACUGGAUGACGGUGCAGUACGACAGUAUGGGACGGGUGGUGAAGCGAGAGCUGAAGAUUGGACCAUACGCCAACACAACACAGUAUCGCUAUGAGUAUGACGGGGACGGACAGCUCAGCGGGGUGAAGGUGAACGACUGGUCCACGUGGCGCUACAGCUACGACCUGAACGGUAACCUGCACCUCCUCAACCCCGGGAACAGCGCCCGUCUCACGCCGCUCCGCUACGACCUCCGAGACCGCAUCACACGCCUGGGUGACGUUCAGUACCGUCUGGAUGAGGACGGCUUCCUGAGCCAGCGAGGCUCGGAUGUCUUUGACUACAACUCCAAGGGCCAGCUCCUUAGAGCAUAUAACAAGCUCCCGGGAGGCUGGAGCGUCCAGUACCGCUAUGACGGACUGGGCAGGAGAAUGUCCACUCGGACCAGUCUGGGACAACACCUCCAGUUUUUCUACGCUGAUCUGAACCACCCAGCAAGAGUUACACAUAUAUUUAACCACUCCAGCUCAGAUAUCGCUUCACUGUACUAUGACUUGCAGGGUCAUCUGUUUGCUAUGGAGGUGAGUAGUGGAGAGGAGUAUUACAUCGCCUCAGACAACACCGGAACACCACUGGCUGUCUUCAGCAGCAACGGACAAAUGAUCAAACAGGUCCAGUACACAGCGUACGGGGAGGUGUACCUGGACUCUAACCCAGAGUUCCAGCUGGUGGUUGGGUUCCAUGGGGGUCUCUAUGACACCCUGACCAAGCUGGUCCACUUCACCCAGAGGGACUAUGACGUCCUGGCAGGUCGCUGGACCUCACCAGACUAUGCCAGCUGGCCCAAGAUCGGCAAGGACCCUGCACCCUUCAACCUGUAUAUGUUCAAGAACAACAACCCCCUCAGCGACGUGUUGGACAUCAAGAACUACGUCACAGACGUGAAGAGUUGGUUGGUGAUGUUUGGUUUCCAGCUCAGUAACAUCAUUCCAGGGUUCCCCCGUCACACCCUCUACUUCGUAGAGCCUCCCUACGAGCUGCAGGCCAGCCAGGACUGUGAAAAUGGACAGCUGAUAACGGGGGUGCAGCAGGCAGCGGAGCGCCACAACAAGGCCUUCAUGGCCCUGGAGGGACGGCUCCUUAACAAGGAACCCCGCGACCGCCGCGACAAGCCCGGACACUGGUUCGGCACAUCAACGCCCAUCAUCGGCCGGGGAGUGAUGCUAGCAUUGAAGGAAGGACGUGUGGUGGCGGCAGUUAGCUCCAUGGCAACCGACGACAGCCGAAAGCUGUCCCUGGUCCUCAACGGCGCCAUCUACCUGGAUGGAACGCACUACACGCAGGAUGGAUGUGACUGUCACUACUUCGUUAAAGUCGGUUCGGCCGAUAGUGAUCUACUGAAUCUGGGGCUGACCAGCGGACGCAUGGCGCUGGAGAGCGGGAUCAACGUGACUGUGAGCGGGAGGUCGCGGCGUGGCGCCACAGUGGAGUUUGCGGUGCCGUCGUUAGCCCUCAGCGUGCGGUAUGGGCUAGCGCUGGACGUGGUGGACGAGGAGAGGGUGAGGCUGCUGGAACUAGCCCGGCAGAGGGCCCUGGCUGGGGCCUGGCUGAGGGAGCAGCAGAGGGCCAAGGAUGGGAAGGAGGGGAGCCGUCUGUGGACGGAGGGAGAGAAGCAACAGCUGCUGACCGCGGGGAGGGUACAGGGGUACGACGGGUAUUAUGUUCUACCUGUGGAACAGUACCCAGAACUGGCUGACAGCAGCACCAACAUCCAGUUCCUGAGACAGAACGAGAUGGGCAAGAGGUAACAGCCCACCUGGACUGGGAUGGAGGACUGGCUGACUCUCUCUCUCUCUCUCUCUCUCACUGACUCUCCUCCUCCCCUUCUCCUCCUCCUCCUCCCUUUCAUUCCCUCGUCCUAGUUACUAGUUCCUUCCUCUCUUCGCUCCCCCCCUCCCUGCCUUCUCCUUCAUUCCCCUCCAACCCCGCAGAAAAUUUAAAAAACAAAUGGGGUUUCUCACUGAACGCUGCAGGGACUUUUGAAAAUAUACUAGAAAACUAGAAAACUUUUUUUUUUAAACUUUUUCUGCCAAGGGCAAAAAAAUCUAACAUUUAGACAGAAGUUUAUUUUAUUUUUUUUUUUUGUUGAUGUUGAAAACAGACUGUGGAGAAAGGCACUCAUGAACCUUGAAAAACAAACUGUUGCUUAAUAACUAAGAUUCCCCUUUUUAAAAAAAUAAAUCAAUAUUUUCACCCAUAUUUUUAGGGUCACUAUGAGGGCGUAAUGACAGACUCUGAACUGAUGGUGGCGCUGUGUUGUGCUGGGUGCUCUGAUAAGGGCCUGCCUCUGAAAUGAACUUGUAGAGGAGUAAAGGGACCAAUAGGGAUACAGAGCCACCACAGGCCCCAGCCAAUCACAACACUGAUCGGAAGAGAAAAUCACCAACGGCAACAAGCACCGCAGCAUAGUGACGUAAAAUGGAGUAAAACGAUGAGUCAUCUCACUGUCUCAGGCCUCCCAUUCUCCACCACAGAACUGUUCUUAGCUACUGCAGCAACAUAUCCUAGCUACCAACACUCACACCACUGAGAUCCUUUAAAAGAUUUCAAACUAAAGAAAACAAAAACGUUUUAGACACACAUAAAUUGGAGGAUUUUUUUUGUUGUAUAUUUGCGGAUAUCAUAAAUAGUAUCACAAGGUUUUAUUUUGAAAUUGGUGAGAUUAUCAUACUACUGUAAUAGCUCCACAUGUGUAAGAUUAUUACACAGCAGUACAGAGUAUUACAGUUCAGAGUAUUAUACUACAGAUCAGACUACUACAAUACUGCUCAGAAUACUACACUACAGUUCAGUGUACAACACAACAGUUCAGACUACUACACUAAAGGUCAGACUACUAAUGUUCAGACUACUACACAACAGUUCAGAGUAUUACACUACAGUUCAGACUACUACACUACAGUUCAGGCUACAAUACUACAGUUCAGACUAAUAUACUACAGAUCAGACAACGACACUACAGUUCAGACUACUCCACUACAGUUCAGAAUACUUUACUACAGCUCAGACUACCACAGUACAGAUCAGACUAUUACACUACUUAUCAACUACUACACUACAGUUCAGACUACUCUAAUACAGUUCAGACUAAUGUACUACAGUUCAAACAACUAUACUAAAGUACAGACUACGACACUAAAGUUCAGACUACCUCAGUUCAGAAUACUACACUACAGUUCAUCCUACUAUACUACAGAUUAGACUAAUAUAUACUACAGUUCAGACUACUAUACUACAGUUCAGAAUACUUUACUACAGUUCAGAAUACUUUACUACAGUUCAGACUACUACAGUACAGAUCAGACUACUACACAUCAGACUACUACACUACAGUUCAGACUACUCUAAUACAGUUCAGACUAAUGUACUACAGUUCAAACUACUAUACUACAGUACAGACUACUACAGUACAGAUCAGACUACUACACUACAUAUCAGACUACAACACUACAUAUCAGAUUACUACACUACAGUUCAGACUACUGUAAUACAGUUCAGACUAAUGUACUGCAGUUCAAACAACUAUACUUCAGUACAGAUCAGACUACUAUACGACAUUUCAGACUACUAUACUACAGUUCAGACUACUUUACUACAUUUCAGACUACGACACUAAAGUUCAGACUACGACACUAAAGUUCAGACUACUACACUACAGUUCAGACUACUGUAAUACAGUUCAGACUAAUGUACUGCAGUUCAAACAACUAUACUACAGUACAGAUCAGACUACUAUACUACAUUUCAGACUACUAUACUGCAGAUCAGACUAAUAUAUACUACAGUUCAGACUACUAUACUACAUUUCAGACUACUAUACUGCAGAUCAGACUAAUAUAUACUACAGUUCAGACUACUAUACUACAGUUCAGACUACUAUACUACAGUUCAGACUACUAUACUACAGUUCAGAAUACUUUACUACAGUUCAGAAUACUACAGUACAAAUCAGACUACUACACAUCAGACUACCACACUACAGUUCAGACUACUCUAAUACAGUACAGACUAAUGUACUACAGUUCAGACUAAUAAACUAUAAUUCAGACUACUAUACUACAGCUCAGACUACAAAACUACAGAUCCGACUAAUAUACUACAGAUCAGACAACUACACUACAGUUCAG